CUUCGUGGCGCAAAAGGGACUCCUCUUGGCGAUCUUCCAAAGGGGCAACCCAUGAUGCUGGGAGAAUGAAGAACGGCACCAGACGCUUUGGCGGCUUUGAACUGGGGUUAACGGUUCACGCGCAAGAGCGGAACAACGGGAAAAAGUGAGUGUGUGUGCGUUGGUGAGACUGUUAUGUCAGAAAAGUUGAGUGGUAAGAUCGUCGUUUGGAUUAUCGUCUGCCCAGCAUUAGAUUUUUGCUCUUGAUGAUGUUGUGGGUGAGGAUUGCCGAGGAUCGGAGGCCAGUGACUUUUUAACCAUGACUUAUGUACUUCAAUUUAAGAAUCAUCUGAACUGGGUGAAAGGAAUUGUGAUCGUCAUUUUUGCAUGGGGAAUCCCUUUUACAGCAGGUUCAUCGGCAAUCCUUAAAGAGCUUUACUUCACCAUUGAACCAUCUGACAUUGUGACAGUUCGAGAUGCUCAAGUUCUUCUGAACUGUUCAGCCAAAGGACCUUCUUCACCCACAUAUGAAUGGAGGAGAGAUGGAACGACCGUUCAGUUCAUCGGAGACACCAGAAGGUCGUUAUUGUCAAACGGAUCCCUGUUCAUCAGUGAAGUCCAUCACACACGAAACGAAAGACCCGAUGAAGGAAUAUACCAAUGCGUCGCUUCACUCCCAGAAGUUGGAACCAUAGUCAGCAAACCCGCCAAACUCCACAUUGCCAAUCUCCCCCGAUUCGAUGAACAACCCCACGACAUCACAGUCUAUCCUGGACAAACGGCAUAUUUCCCUUGUUCCAUCCAGGGUCAUCCUCCAGCCGUUAUCUCUUGGUAUAAAGAUGAUCGAAUGCUGAGGAUGGAAAAAGAUCGAUUCACCCUCUUACCAAGCGGUGCACUGGAGAUUCACAAUGUCCAGUCGACGGACAGUGGAACUUACAAAUGCAACGCCUCGAAUGUGGAAAGGCACAGAAUCAGUUCUUCAGGCACACUCACUGUCAGUUUGGACUAUGCUGAAGCCAAUAAACUAUCCGCACCACAUUUUAUAGCUGUUCCAAGAAGCACUUUUGUUGUCGAGUCCCAGAGCAUUACUCUAGAUUGCGCUGCUAAUGGAAAUCCCACCCCUAAAAUCACAUGGCUGAAAGACGCCGCAACUAUCGAUGUUCAGGAAGGAUCAGAAAGUAGACACAGAAUAAUUGGUGCUGGCAGCCUAUUGAUUGAUCCUGCCCGAGAAGGCGAUGAGGGUACAUACAUGUGCAGAGCAGAAAAUCACAUAGAUUCUGUAGAUUCAAGUGCUUCUUUAGAAAUUCAAGUGCCGCCAAGAUUUACCAAGAAGCCUAAGACAGUAUAUGCUUACGAAAAAGAGGAUGUUGAGCUUGAAUGUGAAGUGUAUGGUAAACCAGAGCCACAAGUCCAUUGGUUAAAGAACGGUGACGUCAUUGUUCAGAGUGAAUAUUUUAAGCUUGUGAAUGGUUACAAUCUCAAAGUUCUUGGUUUAGUCCGGUCUGAUGCUGGAGUUUAUCAGUGUUUUGCUACAAAUCCAGCUGGGUCAAUUCAAGCUGUUGCUCAGUUAUUACUUCUACAACCAGCCACGCCUUCUCCAAAACCUUCCUCCUCCACAGGUGAUAAGCCGCACAGUAAAGAUGUUCCCACAACUCCUGUUGACGUCAGAGCGGUCAUCGUUUCCACCAGAUUUGUCACCCUCUCUUGGUCACCACCGGAAAGGACAAAUGGAGAAAUUAUCGCAUAUUCAGUGUAUUACAGAGAAACAACAUCAACCAGGGAACGCGUGUUAAAUACAACUCGGCUUAGACUAGAAGAAAUUAAUAUUCAAGGCCUGCAACCUUCGACGAAGUACCAGUUUCGUGUUGUGGCAUAUAAUCAACAAGGACCUGGAAUCAGCUCUGAGGAAGUAGUGGUGGAAACUCAGGGAGAAGUACACGUACCAGGAUCUCCAAGAAAUUUGAAAGGUGAAGCCCUCUCCCCCACAUCUAUUCAUGUCCAUUGGGAAAACCCCGAAACGGUGCCUGAACCUGUUCAGAAAUAUAAGUUAUUUUAUAUGGAAGAAGGUACAUCGGAAGAAAGAGAGGUAUCAAUUGUUGAAACUAGUCACACUCUAAGAGGUCUACGGAAGUUCACUGAUUACAACUUUUGGGUAGUAGCUUUCAAUAAUAAUGGUGCUGGACCGAACUCAGAUGAAAUAUCAGUAAAAACCCUGUCUGAUUUUCCCAGUGAUACUCCGCAGAAUGUAACAAUUGAAGCCUCUAGCUCAAGUACAAUUAUUGUUCGUUGGGAACCUCCGCCUAAAGAAACUCAAAAUGGCGUCAUAAUGGGAUAUAAAAUUCGAUACAAAUUGAAAGGAAGCCGACGAGGCGAUACAGUUACGACAGAUGGAAACAGGCGAUUAUACGCUCUCACUGGUUUAGAGAAAGGUGCCCAGUACAGUAUUAAAAUCUCAGCCUUAACAAUCAACGGAAGUGGUCCUGCCACAGAUUGGAUCAUUGUAGAUACAUAUCAAAAUGACUUGGAUGAAACUAGAGUGCCUGACAGACCAAGUUCCUUGCGAGCAAAACCCACUGCUGAUACAAUCUAUGUUGUGUGGACACCCCCUCGAAACCUAAACACCAUGAUAAGGGGGUAUACGAUUGGAUGGGGCAUUGGAUUUCCUGACGUAUACACCAAAGUCUUAGAUGGAAAACAGCGAUAUUACAAUAUAGAAAAUUUACAACCCUCUUCUGAGUAUGUUAUCAGUUUGCGAGCCUUUAACCAAGUCGGUGAUGGCAUACCCAUUUAUGAAACUGUGAAAACGUUAAUACAAGCCCCACCAGAGCCUUUGACACCUAUGCUGCCGCCUGUAGGCCUCAAGGCUAUGGUUUUAUCCUCAUCAUCUGUUGUCUUGUACUGGACGGACAGCACUUUAUCUCGAAAUCAGCUGGUUACUGACAAUCGAUAUUAUACAGUGCGUUACAGUCCUUAUUCCACUUCAUCUAGCUCCAAAUUUCGAUAUUUUAAUUCCACUGACUUGAACUGUAUGAUUGACGAUUUACGACCAAACACUCAGUAUGAGUUCAGUGUGAAAGUCGUCAAAGGUUCAAGAGAAAGUACAUGGAGUAUGAGUGUAAUAAACAAUACUCUGGAGGCUUCUCCAUCAUCACCCCCACGAGACUUAACUGUGAUACCUUCUGAAGAUGAUGUAUCAUCUGUAACAUUGACUUGGCAACCACCUAAACAACCCAAUGGUCAAAUCACAGGAUAUGUGGUCUUUUAUACAACAGACAACACACAGGACAGAGAUUGGAUUGUUGAUGGAAUAAUAGGAGAUAAAUUAUCUUCUACAUUAAGAAGUCUGUUGCCAGAUACUGUUUAUUACUUCAAAAUCCAAGCUAAAAAUUCUAAAGGUUAUGGUCCAUUUUCAUCUGAAGUUGUGUACAAAACACCACCAGGUAUGGCAAACAAUUUUUUAUACAUCAUCAUCGCAGCUGUCUCAGGUGGUAUCGUAGUCAUCAUCCUCAUCAUCAUAGUGUCAGUAACUUGUAGACGCCGGCACAAUAACUACCUUGCUCCAGUACAAAAGAACAGAUAUGGGGGACAAAAAGCAACAGGCCGCGAAUUGAAGCCUCCAGACUUGUGGAUCCACCAUGAUCAGAUGGAGUUGAAGGAGAAAGUGAGGCAGGGUGAUCAUUCCGGAUUAUCCAGGAGUCCUCAUGAAACUGACAUCAUGAUUGAUGUGAUGGAAAAGAAAAAGGGAUCAUAUAUUGCAGAUGAUAUGGCAUCAUUAGAUGGUGUGUCUGAAUCUAGUCAAUCCAGAGUAAAAUCAUUUUUAUUACCUCCCGAAAGUUUCUCCCUCCCUCCACCUCCUCCCACCUUAUCUGCUACUACUCCUGUACCAAAUGGAGGUCUGGAAUCUCCAUAUGAAAUGGGAUCAAGUGGCUUAGCGAGACCAAUAUAUCCUCGUACACAAUACAAUAUUCCUCAUGCUCACGUCACCAUAGAUGCUGCUCAUCCUGGUUCAUCAACGUCUACUCUCACUUCUCCAUCUUCAAGAACUCAUCACCCAUAUGAUCAAGUUACAUCUCCAACUUUACACAUAACACUCGGUGGAGCUUCUGUGUUGGGUGGCUCAAGCCAACAUGCAACCUAUUCAAGCAACACUGGUGUACCUGUUGUACCACCAACAGACUGCACCUCUGUCUCAGGUACCCUUAGUAAAAGACCACCCAAUCACUCACUUAAAUCAUUUAGUGUUCCAGCACCACCUUGUCAAAGUGCUCCAACAACUCCACAACCUCGGCACAUCGUUAAACCCCAGCAAGUUGCAAGCCCCCAAAAGAAACUUUUAACGAGCGGUGGUCCAUCACCAGCAGCACCUUCAUCUCAACAAUCAACAUUAAAAUCACGCCCUUCAACAAUGCCGAGGCAACAAGAUGGAAAUAGCGACCGGGAGGACCUGCCUGUAGCCUUCUUACAGUACUGAAGAUUUAAGUGUAGAAAUGGCAAAUUUAGAAGGACUUAUGAAAGACUUGAAUGCUAUUACUGCAUCUGAAUUCGAAUGUUGAAACUAGAAAAACAGAUUUUGUUUCACUAAACUUUGCUUAGGAAUGUGCCACUUACUCCAACAGAUGGUGUAAAGUGUGAAAUGCCUGUGCAACUAUCUACACCUGUGAUUUACUGUUGAAAAAAAAAACCUACUUAUCUUCUUUAACUCUGAAAAUUCAUUGCAUUCUUUCAUUCAUCUUCAUGAAGAGUUUUGCCUUCAUUCAUUAUUUAUAAUGCCAAAAUGUGAACAUGUUUUAAUUUGUAACUGUGCUGUAUAAAUAUUUAUAAUGCACAGUUUUUAUGUACAAAACAUAUAUUUUGAAUCUUUUAAGUUUUGCUUUCCUUUCUACAGAUUUUAAAAUAUAUAUUAUAUCAUUCUCAGACUUGAGAAAAAAAUUAGAAUUGAUUUAAUGGAUCAUUGAACAAUUUGAACGUGCUUAAGCAAAUCUUAAGAUACUGGAUGUUUUAAUCGGUACUAACAAAUAUUUCCAUAAUAUUUUAUCUUGUGCUGAAACUAUUUUACAGGGAACAUUUUAAAUUUGUUCAUUCUGCCAUUCUGAAAUAAAUCAUAUUUUAAAAUCUAGGAUCAUGAAUAUACUUUUGGUUUAAGUAUUAGUUUUCACAAAAAAAUGAAAAAUCAGUUACAAUUUAAAUAGUUAAAGAGUUGAGAAAGAGAACAUGUUUAGUAGCAUUCUGAAACGAAACAGAUUUUCAAAUUUAAAAACAUGUCUGAAAAGAAAAUUUCAGAGUUUAAAUAUGUUAUGUUCGAAUUUUAAAAGUUUUCUCAAAUUACCAGAUUUAAGAGCAUAGAGUCAGCACAGAGUGUAACACGUAAAUUUAUUCUGGAGUCUUUAAAAAAAAAAAAAGAAAGAUUAUGAUUAUUUUUAAUUAAAUCGGAUGCUUUGUAAGCAAUUAUCUAACAUUUUCAAAUGUUAUCUUGCAUGUUCUUUCCCAAAGCUCUGUGAGUGUUCAUAUAAUGUUUAAAAGUCUUAAUUAAAGUUAUCAAAAAUAUAAAAAAAGCUUAAAAAAAUAAUAUUUUGAUAACAUUUCAGCAUCGGUUAAAAAUAAAAAAAAUAUGAUUUUUGCAAAGUAGUUGAAUUUGAGCAUAUUACACAAUAUUUUAAAACUAGAGUUUUAUCACAAUUUUCUUUAUUUCCAAUAAGUGUUUUACUGCUGUUAAAAUACAUUGACUGCACAAAUAAUUAAAGAAAGGAAGAAAAUGUUAGUACUCAUUAGAACACCAAUAUGCUCUAUACAAUCAUGUUUUUGAGUUAUACAAUAUCAAAAAUGCAAACAAUUAAUGCAUAAUAAUUGCAUUAUAAACAUAAUUUGUUACACAUCAAUGGUUUAAAUUGAAUCAGAAAUUGGGAAAGGGACUUUUAUAAUAGCUCAUAUAAUUUAUUUUGAAUAAAAAAAAGUUGUUUUUUUCAAGAAUCUUGAAAUAAAACAAUAACUGAAUUACAUUUUAUUUGCUAUAAUUAUUUUAUCUUGUAUAAGGAAUAAGUGCAGAUAUGUGACUGAAAUAUGCUUUCUGUGAUAAGCAUAUUCUAGAAUAAACAGGAAAGAAAAUAGAAUAAAUUUUAAAGGUCAUAGAGAAGCAGGGAUGCCAACUACAAGAGUUUCUUUAUAAUUUAUAUAGUUUUUUUU